AUGCAAGCUACACUCCAAAGAUCGCAUGACAACAUCAUCUUCUCUGCUGGUCAGCCUCCCGAACUCCCGGAACGAGCGUCGAGACUCCUAUCGGCCUGGGAGCUGUCAGCAUCAGGCAAGGGCAUCACACGAGCCUACACCUUCACUUCCUUCUCCAAAGCCUGGCAGUUCAUGUCGAUUGUUGCAGACGAGUGCAAAGCCAAGAAACAUCAUCCCUCGUGGUCCAAUCUAUACAACAGGGUGACUAUUGAGUGGACCACCCACCGGCCGGAAGGUCUCAGCAUCAAAGACGUCGAAAUGGCCGAAUUCUGCGAUCAGGAAGCUGCCGAGAUAGGGCUCAAGAUAUAG